AUUUUUUGUCUGCUAAAAGCGCCACACGUCUUCUUGCAUUGACAGCCGAGAAACAAGCACCGUCUAAUAUAUCUCUUUUUCUUCCGCCUUGCAGUUUGAGUCGAACUGUCACUGGUGGCUAGACACGGGGCUAGUGCUAGAGUGUAGUCUUUCUGAGGUUCGGUGGUGACCUUCUCUCCAUUUUCGUAGCGUGCUCGUUUGUCUUACUUGAUUCGACGUCCUCUAAGAUUUUCCUGAGUUUCUGUCACUUCUUUUCAAAGCUUGCAUCCCUUGAAAGCGCCUGGUGGCGAAUUAUUUCCCCCCGAAUGUGACGAGUGAGUGUUUAGUCGGGUCUGGCAACUGUCCCCAUUUGUCAAAAAAACUCGUUUCAACAGCCGUUCGUGUAAAGCUGUUCUUCUCGAGAGUGUAUAAGCCUCCCUGGUAUUUCGGGAACAUCGAUAUCACCGACGGACUUUCCUCGCUGUUGAUAGCCAUGGAACGAACACUCAGUUGAUGGCGAGUUCGCAUCCAGAGACGCGCGAGUUUUCGCCGUAGGUAUGGUGAUUCGUCCGGGAAAAGGGAAAGUUCCCUUGAGACAUUUGUGGUGUCUUUACCUGUCGUUCUAAAACCAAGGAUCGCCGAAUGUGAACGUUUUCGGUCGUUCGUCUCUUGAAAGUUCCCUUGGGUGCGUGCACUGUCUACACGGAAACUGAAAGACUCUUUCCACGUUUUCACACAGGAAGAUACACAGGAAGAUCCAGAAAAGCCAGAUCACAUGUUUCGACAGUUUCUGCCGUCCGCUGCGACUGCACGGCGCUUGGUUUUCGCAUUCGUUUCGUCUUGGGGUGUGGCAGUGUUGGUGCCUGACAAAACCUGUCACAGCGCCUUCUGUGACUCUUCCAACAAGUGCACACCACGCCAGCUUGCUAUGCUCUUUCAGGCCAAUGCCGCGUUUCCGUGAAUGUACCGUUGUAAGAGUGCGGAAAACGACGCGCCACUUGUGUGUCGGCCACUGUUCCUGCCCCUCGAUUGUGGAGGUUCGACUGUCCUUCUUCAAGGCAAAAAUCAUUAUCAAGAAUUAAGCCACGGGCUUCCUUCUGUUUAGGGUUUAGGGGCCCAACUUUUAUGGUGAACAGUUUUGGAACGGGCAGAGAAGGCUUCUCUCUUGAGGCUUUCUUCGUCCAUCCAACAUGCGUGUCCACUUUCUCAGAGUGCAGAGAAUCGCCCCCGUCGUCCAACUCAUCUCGAAUGUUCUCCCCGAGAAAGGUCGUAUGUGAAGCCUAGGAGUCGCAUGCCGACACUUCUAUGUUUUCUGUGUUUUCCACGUCUUCUUUGUCUCUGUUUUCCGCUUUUUGGCGUCUCUUUCCCGUAACUCUCGGUGCACAGUUAUGGCAUACCCGUAGAUCGAUCCCAGAAUUUGAGCAUCCAGAAACGAGCUGCCACUCUGUCUGCGCCCGAGUCCACACUUCUCGUUUUUUUCAACACACAUCAGCGAGAGGAGCUAUAACAUCUAAAAGUCUCUUUACAUCGAUGAAGGCCUUUUCAAGGAACUCCAAACUCGCUUCUCAGCGCUUCGCUGAAGGUGGCAAGCCGACAGAGGCGGCGCACUUCAGCUCUUGCGAGGGAGAACGCUUUUUCUCUAGUCAUCUUGAAGAGAACACUCUAUCUGCGAUUUCCAGCGUGGCAAGCUGCGACCCUCGUGUAGACAAGGCCUCGGUUCUCAGGAAAGAGAACUUUGACGUGUUGCAUGAAUCUGAUAAAAAGAGGCUGUCGGCUGUAAGGUGGUUUAAAGAACACUUUGACAUAUCUCGUGAAUAUGAUAAAAGGAGUCUCGUAUCUGUAGGAUGUUUCAAGGAAAACUUUGACAUGUCCCAUGAAUCUGGUAAAGUGCGACCAUCUUCCGUAAGAUGUUUCAAAAAAACAUUUGGCGUAUCCCAUGAAUCUGAUAAUAAGACCGUCUCGUCCUUUAGAAGAAACUUCGCCAUAUCCCCGCAAUGUGGAGAAGGAACCGUUUCUCCUUUAACUUUUGUCGGAACGAAAAGCGACUGUUCCAGGCAAGAGACGACGGGUCUAAACGCGCAUUCAUUUGAAGCUGAGAAUCAAAGUGGAGAUGACUUUUUCGCUGUUCUUUCACACCGGCGAGAUGAGACGUGGGAGACCACGCAAGUGUGUAUGAGGGAACACUGUGGAGAACGGCUUUACGGAAAAGAGGGUACUGCCUUUUCCCGAACUUCUUCUGGGGAUUUGGAAUUCUUUUUGCCCACAAGUGUAAACAAACAUGAAGGGGAGGCUCCAAACUCUGCGAUGCAGAAGGCCCGUCAACUCCGAGAGGAAAUUUCUCAUGUGGAGAUGUCUCGAUGCUUAGGGGGUGGUGACGAAGAGACUCUGGUCUCGCGUCUGAAACACGAAACUUCUGUAGACCUUCGACCUCCGAGAACAGAAGAGAAGCCAAAGCAACUGAAAGCGAGUUGCGUUCCUGGCACCUGUCGCGAAGAGAAAGAACGGAAACACGUUUCGACGUCGACUCCUGAGUCACACCAUCCCAUCCUCGUUUUCCCGGUACCGUUCCACGCAUCGCUGGACGCGAGGGAGGUUUGCGAACGUGGAGGUCUGGCGUCCAACCGCACUGAGGAGGAAGAGAAACAACUGAAGAAGUUGCUCAUGUCGAGGAACGAAGCCUUGGGGAGGCGCGUGACGGUUCUGAAAGCGAACCUCGAGACGAAGGAAGCCACCAUCGCAAAGCUCCUGGCGCGGUGCAGACGACGCGAGCAGGAGCUAGAGCGAGUCAGGGCGAUGCUGCUGCCGAUUGUUGAGGAGAAUGUGAAACUCGCAGGAGAGAUCGACACACGAAAACAGCAAACGGGGGGAAAGGAUGAGUACCUCGCCGCGCUCAGAGACGCGAUCAAAGCCCACGUUGCGUCAUUUCUGAAAGGGGAAUCAGAGGCGCCGCAGGACGUGCGUACCGCACAAGGCCCGAGACAAGGGAUUGAGAGAGACAGGGGGAGGGCGAACGUCGGGCUCUCGAGGUGCCUGGGAAGCGAGAGAGAAAGCGAGGAACGGGAUAGACAAGAAGAGAGGGUCCAUGGGAGAAGGACAAAACGCGCAUUUGUCUGCGGCGUUUUCGACGAGACAGAAAGCGACGACGGAGCAGGUGUGCCUGUCGCAUUUCGUCUCGACUCCCGCGACUCCACAAGUGAGGAAGAAGGGGCAUCCGAGGCAUCCGAGAAGCCGGGAGGUGUCCAGAAACGUCUGCCUUCUUCGGAAAAUAAGAGCAAAAAUCCGCAGCGACAGUGGUGGUGGAUGGACGAUAAAGACGACGACUGCGACACAGAAGUGACGCGCGAGAGAAGUGAGACAAAGGACGGCCCGUCUGGAACAACUUCGGAGUUCGUCGCGUUCCUCAGAGGGCGCAAGAUCGUGGAAGAGACAGUACAAAGACGCAGGCAGGGACGGAGGGACUCGUUUUUCAGCGCGCGCAGGAAGGUUGGAUUUUUGGAGGCGCUGGUGGAAAAAAUUCAGGAAAAUCCGUUCUCUGGAUCUAAACGGGAAACCCACGAGUGGCUGAUGAACUGGCUAGUGAAACAAUAUCGCAGGACCGGCUCCACGCCCACAGAGUCUCGCAGCUUUGCUGGCAGUCGCGCCACCUCGCGGGAAGGAAACGAAGAAAAAGAGAAAAGAGGAACGAAAGAGAAGAUGGAAGAAGAGGAGAGGAAGAGAAUAGGCAAGUGUGGGGUCGAGACUGAGCUACCGGGAGAGAGCGACGAAGAAAUGGAGGAGGAACACACCAAGGCCGCCCACUUACUCCAGCCGAAUGCCUGGUGGAUGUGCUCAGCUGUGGCGGUGCAUAGCCAGGAUGUUUAAAAAUUUGCGGGUAUCAACGAGCGUUUCAAAGGACAGUAAAAUAAUCACAUUUGAAGACCGUCGUCCCUGUAGACUUUCUGCAACCAUUGAAACCCCACAUGCAAAGCGUGUAUAUUUACACACACAUAUACAUAAUAUAUUCAUGUGUGUAAAUACAUGCAAACAUGUGUCUCUGUGCGUAUGUUUAUAUAUAACGGUCGUAAGGUACGCCGGGGAUAACAGGUCAGAUAAUAUUGGGAGUUCUAAUCCUCGGAUUGUAUCAGCACCUCCAUGUCGGCUCAUUACUCCCUUGUUAUUGAACAAGAUUCAGUUAGGAACGAUAAUUCACUGUCGGAUGUAAUACGUGAGCUGGGGUUAAGAACGUCAGGAGACAGUUUGUCCCCGAUCUACCAUUUAAACUUGUGUAUAUAUAUAUAUAUACAGCAGAACUACAAUGAAUGUAACGGUACAAGCUGUAAACAAAGGACUCCUUAACUUAAACUGAGGAGUCAAGUGGGUACAAACCGUAUAAGGAUUAAUUAUGUCCAUUUGUGCAUCUUAAGUUGAUACUCGGUUAUAUAUAGAUAUAUGUAUAUGUGCAUGUAUAAAUAUGCAUAAAUACACAAAUAUAUAUAUAUAUAUAUGUACGUAUGUAUGUAUAUAUGUAUGUAGGGUUAGGUAAAUAUGUUGGACGAGUCCAGUAGUUCUCCAACGGUGGCGUGGUUAUACUUCUUAACCCGGCAACACACACUUGCCUGGUUUUCUGAUUCUUCUCAACCAUUUCUGUUUUCUUUUUCUGGGUUGCAGUCGAGUGUGACCAGGGGGGGUUCUGCGUGGGCGACAGGGAUACACCGGCAGGAGCGUUUCUUGGUUCCACACCAGGGUGUCUUUCAGGGCCGUGAUGACACGGUUUCCAACUACUUAACUGUUCCGGUUUCCCUAGAUGCUUUCACACCUUCUGAUUCCCGCUCUCUAAAAUACCGUCUCAUUGGCGCUUCUCAGCUUUCUGCAGGUACGAAGCAGGAAUGGGGUGGCGCUUAGGUUCCAGUGUUUUUAGAAUUGAACUUAGAAUCCAGUUUCCUUCCUUUCAUGGAGCUUGCAGUGCAGAAGGACAUAUCGCGGUUGAAGUGAUCGAUGAAGCCAUUCGAGAACGAAA